AUGUUCGCACGCCGCGGGGGAGGCGACGGCGCCGUCUUCAACGCGCUCGCGGCUGCGGCUGCAGCCUCGGUUGCGCGCACGACUUCCCCUCGCCCCCACGCUUCCACGUCUUCUGGCGUCUCGGGAGGCCGAGAGAAAGGCCGGAGUCGCGAGGAGAGGAGUUUGGAGAGAGAGUUUGGCGACGGGCGGGAGGAGCGGAAGCGCCCCGGCGAGGACUGUCUGCCUCAUCGCCGGCGGUACAGGGAGGGCCGGGAGGUGUACGACGAGGAUCGAGAGGAUUUUGCCCACAGCGAGCGCAGUCUGCGCCACAGACGCGGCGGGCGCGAGCGAGAUGCCGACUACGCGUGCGCGUCGGAGACGGACGAUCCGGAGAGACGCGGCGAUCGCGAGGACUCGCGGAGGGCGAGACACCGCGCGCAUGAGGGCGAGGGUAGCAGAUACUGCUACUACGACGACGGCGAGCCAGACCGAGACAGAGAAUCGUUCAAAGACGACAAAGCGAGGAAGGGGAGACGCCACCGAGACAGCUACUUUGAGAGCCGGAACUGCGAGACCGAGAGAGACCGGGGAUCUGAGAGAAGACGCGAAGAGAGCGGCAGCGGCCACGCCGACGAGGAGCCCCUCUACCGCCGGCGACACGACCGCGAAAAAACGAGACGAGACGAAGACGACAGUCGCACGUGGAGCGCAGCAGCGGAGGCAGCCGAGAGAACGCGAGAGGCCGCCGAGGACGGGGGGGAAGAGGCUGGGAGCGGAACGAGCGAAGAGGCCGGACUCGAGGAGGAGACACUCGGCGACGAAGGCCUGGCGGACCCUGGAGCUGAGCCGGAGGGCGGCGGAGACAGCGACAGGCGCGCUGACGAGAAGCUGGAGAAUUCGACAGGUGCUCCGCAUGCACGUGGACGGAACUGGCGAGGAGGCGCACGAGGCGGGCUGAACGAGGGCGGCCAUCCCGGCUACCCCCCCGCAGAAGCCGCAAAGCGAAGAAGAGAGCCGCGCAGCAGACAGCCGAAAAGGUCCCAACAGAGGAUCGGGAAGGAAGGAAAUGUAGGCCGAAACGAAAAGAUCUAA